AUGUCGGUAUCCACUUGGCCCGACAUCUCCCAUCUCUCGGUAUCCACACCGGAGCUAGUCAACGUCUUGAGGCAGAUGGGCCAACAGGUCAAGUGGCCUCAAAAAAUGAAGGCACCUGACUCGUUCCGGAACCCUGGCCUAUGGUGCGACUUCAAUCGCGACCACGGUCACAAAACUGAAGACUGCAUCGCUCUAAGGAUCGAGGUCAAUGAACUACUCCAAAAAGGGCAUCUCCGGGAAUUCCUCUCAGAAAAAUCCAAGAACCAUCUAAAGAAAGAGGUGCCGGCGAAAUCCGCUGGAGAUAUACCCGCCUCACCACCUCGCCAGGACCGAGUGAUCCAUGUCAUAUCCGGAGGUUCAGAGAUAAGCGGCGUGAGUCAUGCAGCUGCCAAGAAAAGCACCCACAACGCCAAGCAUGGCCUGGAGACGACCAAACCAAAGCGCUUGCUCCUAGUGGACAAUGGUAGCUCCAGCAACAUCAUCUUCCAGACUGCUUACCAGGACCCAGGGCUGGACGAGAGCGCCGUAACAUGCAAAAUAUCUCCCCUCAUCGGAUUCAGCGGCGAAGUUAAGCAAACAGCCGGAGAGGUCACUCUCCCAGUGUACGCUGAAGGGAUCAACAUGUCUACCAAGUUCCUGGUCGUCGACAGUCAAUCAGCAUACAACAUGAUCCUAGGAAGAUCCUGGAUUUACGACAUGGGAGCUGUCCCUUCAACCCUUCAUCAAAUGGUGAAAUUCCCUAUACCCUGGGGCAUCAGAAUAAUCAAAGGAAAUCAGGAGAAUUCUAGAUCCUGCUACCAGACCACCGUAAAGGGAAAGACCAAGGUCUUAUAG